AUGAGUCUAGCGAGGGAGUUCAUUCGUAUAGACAUCAAAAGUGGGCAAACAGUGAGGUUUUGGACAGAUAUAUGGCAUCCAAAAGGGAGUCUAAUAGACAUUACGGGGGAGAUUGGCACUCAGAAAUUGGGAAUUCCGCGUAAUGCAAAAAUAUGUGAGGUUUAUGUUGAUGGCUUCUGGCAGAUACGGCGUUGCAGAGACCGUCGUAUUCAAGUGCUGAUGCAGGAGGUUUGGGAUUUUCCUAUCUCACAUUCUGUAGAUGUCAUGGACGGAGUUCUGUGGAGGAAGGGACCUGAUGAUUAUGGGGACGGGUUCUUGUCAGAUGCAACUUGGCAGCAGAUAAGGCAGCAGAAACAAAAGAUUCAAUGGACUAAACUGAUUUGGCUAGCUACUGGUCACCGGACCGGAGUUUGGGGACAACCGCAAGGCUGCCUAUUCUGCAGCAAGCCUGAAGACACACGCGACCAUCUCUUUUUUGCUUAUCCGUACACUCUCACGCUAUGGCUGCAAGUCGUAGGGACAGUGCUUGGUGCUCAGCCUGAUCCAGACUGGGAAACAACUAUCACGCAGCUGCUCACCGGGAAGUUUGACCGUCUUACAUACAUUCUACUUCGGUUGGUGCUACAUGUCUCUAUCUAUUUUAUAUGGAGGGAGAGGAAUGAUCGAAAAUACAACAGCAGAAUCAAACCGGUGGACCAACUGGCUCGCCUUAUUGAUGAGACUGUUAGGAACCGUAGCACAUCUACGCAGUAUUUCUUGAAGCCAAAGUUUCAGGGCCUCAUGGCACAAUGGUUUGAAGCUCAUAUGUCCUAA